AUGACUAUUUUGGUGUGUUUUGUCAAUAUAGAGUAUAGGGCCAUUUUUCAGAGGUAACAGAUACAGCUGAUACAUAUUGUGAUAUAGCCCAGUUUAGGCGGUUGAUCGAUCAAGGAGGCUCAAGGUAAAUUUCUUGGCAGCUCAUCCGUUAUCAACUAGCGAUCUUUCAUUGCUUCAGUACAUCGAUGAAUGAGCCAAGUUUGGAAACAAUGGUUGGGGUUGGGCUGCCCUAGCUCCUUACUACAAGAAGUUUUAUACUCUCUCGCCACCAUCUGACUGGGAGACUCUGGAACAUCUAGGGAUUGAAUGGAUUAAUGAGAAGCGCCGGGGAACCUCUGCACUAAUCAGGUAUCAUUUUUUUGGAGUCAUCCAGAAAUCACUUUGCAAGGCCUGGACUGAUACCUUUCGUCGCUCGGGCAAAUCAACUACUGGUGGUAUGUGGUCACCAUCUACAAGUAGAGUUUGUUCCCAUAGAGGCAAGGCUCUUUUGAACUUACACAAAUAUAGACCCUUUCUCGGGCAACUCGACGGGUGCUUGCAGAAAUGCGGACAAGGUCAACUUAAACACGAAGACUCGAAGCUAUGGGGCCUCUGCGUGUGGUAUACCCGCUCUUCAGAGACCUAACCUUCACAUAGCAACUGCAGCUACAGCUUAUAAGAUCCUGUUUGAGAAUAAAAGCAGCGGGAUCAUUGCUAGAGGCGUGCUUGCCUCUGUUGAAGGGGAGAUUAAGAAGUUUGAUGCCACUAAGAAAGUUAUUCUGGCCGCCGGAGUGUCCAACACACGUAAGUUACUCGAAUUACCUGGUAUAGGAGAUCAAAACUAG